GGAGUUCUUAUCCACGGAAGCUAUUUCAUCGAGGUUCGAAAGCCGCAGUCGAAAUCACUUGCUCAGGCCGUAGUUUUCCUUGUUGUGGCGUAGAGCUCUUCUCAAUGGCGGCUAUCACGUCGACUCUUAUCCUCGUCCUCGUCUCUGCUAUAUCUUGCACUGCUCAGUCCCAGCCAAGGCUCUCUCUGCCCUUUGAAACCAGGCAAGUGAACAACGGUAGAAAGACAAGGUAUGUCUCCAGGGUGACUCUCAAUGAUGCUGGCUCCACGAGCAGCGGCACCAGCUAUACCAAAGCCUUCACGAUCGAUACAAGCUCCAACCAAGUCUCCGUGUCAAGCUGUAGCAACAACCGUGCCAGUUUCGAGCUCUUGGUCGCGACGAGCAGCUUCUUCACGACAAAGGCCAGUUUUCCCGUCGACAUCGACAUUGUUUGCAGCAGCAGCCAGGGAAACGUGAUUGGCCUCGCGGCAUCAGGUAGCUCCAGCUUACCACUCCAAGUCUCUCGAUCGGCUAAACUCGCUCACAGGUUCACGUACUGCCUGGCUUCCAGCUCUGGCCGCGGUUUGGGCGAGCUCUACAUCGGGCAGCAGGGUCCUUACAGGGUCUUCCACAACACGGACAUCCUCAACUCUACGUCCCUGCCAAUGCUCUAUUUCCCACUCACGGUCUCGUCCUCGGGUUCUUACCACCUUAAGCUCGACAGCGUCUCUCUUGGAUCCAAGACCACCGUCACUAUUACCAUGGUGGAGAUUGGAACGAGCUUCCGCUACACUCGGCUCCCUCAGGCCGCGUACCAGAUGCUCCGAGAUGGAUUUCUUCGCGAGGUCGGGGAGAAGAAGCUGGGCAGGGACUCGUCAUCGUUUGGAGAGCUGGACUUGUGCUACAAGAUGAGCGUGGAGCAGCGAACUACUUUUUCAAACGUGACGAUGGUGGUGAGCGGGAUCCCGUGGAUGGUCUCCGGGGAUAACUAUCUGGUGACCAAGCCGGGGAUAAGAAAUGUGGCGUGCUUCGCGUUUGUGAGCGCUGGGAAGGAUGGACGCAGCGUAAUUGGAACUGCCCAGCAAGAGAACAACUUUGUGGAGUUUGAUGUUGAUGCCAAGAAGUUGGGUGUGAGUGGCUCGUUGUUUGCUGCCUUUGGGCUUGCCUGUGAGGACACCUCUGGUUCGUGAUUUAUUAUUAUUUCAGAUAUUUUAUCUGAAGGAAAGUUCUGUCUAUUAAGCUCGGGAACUUCCGACUUGGACGCAAUGACAAAUUCUUCCUCCA